UAGGCACUGAAAGUGUGGCAUCUCGUCGUAGUCAUUUAGAUAGGCUUUUUAAUUGGUUUCUUCUUAACCUCGAAUCUGGCAUUGGGAGUUCUGAUUUUGCAAUUUGUUUCUUGAACGAAUGAUUCGUGGGUAGUUCUCAUCUUCCUCGUUCUGUGAUUUUUCAUGCACGAAAAUGUCGUCCAUCUUGCACCAAAGAUCCACUUACAGCUCACUUGAAAAUCCGUACCCUCUUUCUCCUCGUUCUUCCUCGAGUUCUGAGAGGUCGUUUUCCAUAUUCAGCCCUAUGAACCUGCUUGCUCUGCUUUCUCUUGUUGUGAUUCUUGGAGUCUUCUUCCCAUGGAUGAAUAUACAAGAGACUAUUUUCUCAAGCUCAAAGAUCUCAAACACGAAAUGGCGAGAUUACUCGUUGGCUGAAGCUGCAUCGUUCGUUGCACGGAAUGGGACAGUGAUUGUUUGCGCUGUGAGCCAACCCUACUUACCCUUUCUCAAUAAUUGGUUGAUUAGCGUUACUCGGCAGAAGCACCAUGAGAAAGUUCUUGUUAUUGCUGAGGACUAUGCAACACUCUACAAGGUGAAUGAACGGUGGCCAGGGCAUGCCGUGCUCGUCCCACCAGUUCCAGAUGCUCAAACAGCUCAUAAAUUUGGUUCUCAGGGAUUCUUCAACUUCACAUCUCGAAGACCACAACACCUACUGCACAUUUUGGAGCUUGGUUAUAAUGUUAUGUACAAUGAUGUUGAUAUGGUAUGGCUGGCUGAUCCAUUUCCUUAUCUGCAAGGGAAUCAUGAUGUGUACUUCACAGAUGACAUGGCUGCAGUAAAGCCUCUGCACCACUCUCAUGAUUUGCCACCUCCAGGGAAAAAGGGCCGCACUUACAUAUGCAGCUGCAUGAUUUUCCUACGCCCCACCGAUAAAGCAAAACUUGUCAUGAGGAGGUGGAUUGAGGAACUUAAAGCUCAGCCAUGGUCCAAAGCAAAGAAAGCAAAUGAUCAACCUGCUUUCAACUGGGCUCUAAAUAAAACUGCUGGAGAGGUGGAUCUAUACCUGCUGCCACAGCCAGCAUUCCCAACAGGUGGACUAUACUUCAAAAACCAGUCAUGGGUUCAGGAAACCAAAGGAAUGCAUGUUAUAAUACACAAUAAUUACAUCACUGGCUUUGAGAAGAAGAUCAAACGUUUCAGGGAAUUCAACCUGUGGUAUGUGGAUGAUCAUACUCUUGAGUCCCCUCUUGGUCGAAUAUGAGAAAUUAUUAGGCGUUAUCAGUGUUCUUCCUGCAUCACAAGCUGAAGUAGCUCUAUUAUUGUUCAUCAACCUUCGGUUGGAGCUAUAUUUCGUUCAUAAUUUGUUAUAACAUGUAAUAAGAUUAUCAUCGUCAUUCGUUGAACAUUUAGUUUUGAUCGAAUAAUUCUUCGAACAUUUGACCUUUUGUUCGAGGGUAUAUGUUUUGUGACGCCUGAUCAAUCAUAUAUGCUUUUUGACACUCGAAUUAAGGUCAAGUUGGCUACUUUGAAUACGUCAA